GUUAUUUAAUCAGUAUCAGCAGAGCAGCAGCACUUCCCCAAUCUUCAGUGGCCAUAUUUUACUGAACAAAACUCAACUUUUCUCUUGGAUUUCCUUUUGAACGACAGCGCAGAAGGUAAUAUCGAUGAUAAAAAUAGAACAACUUGGACUGUUCAGGAAACAUUUGACUGUGGAAACAGGAUCCAGGACAGGAACUCUCUGCUUUCACACCCGAAGUUUCAAAUCCCUCUUUGCUGCUUUGGAAGUUCAAGUUUCUUUGGGACUCGUACCAACUCUGUAAGCUUCCAUUUAAGCUCUGAACCUACAGCCAGCUAUGAACUGAAGUAUUUGUAGUUUGAUGGCAACCAAUAUACUUUGAUGAGGAGGACCUUUUCCAAUCUCAAGUGGAUCAACUCAUCUAUUGCCGUAGCACGAGGAAUGUACUACCAUGGCGACAGCAGUCGAGCAAAAUGAACGUGUUUCAGUUUGCAAGUAAUGACAUGGAAAGUGCCCAGGAGGUAAGAUGCUCUCCACACAUAGCCCGUAAAGAUUGUCCGCAGAAUACCUCGAACAAUAAGAAAAUAUUUUCACUGGCUGGUGGGUCGUGCAUCUUCCCUGCUGUCAUUGUCGAACAAGUACCCAAUGCAGACCUGAUGCAGGACUACUCUGGUCUUGCUAGUGAUGAAGAGACAAAUGGGAUGAUUAACGACAGUUUGCUGGAUAUUGUGGAGGAACAGGUUAUUGGAGAGGAGAUCACCGUUCCAGUGGAGGCAUCCUGUCAGAAUGGAGAGGAGUCAAUGGAAACAAUUGAGGCGGCUGAGGCUCUGCUCAACAUGGACUCGCCCGGCCCUGCCGUAGAUGAGAGGAGGACAACUCAUAUGCUCAUGCCAUCAGUGAGUGGGGUGAUCACGGCUCCCUUCAGACACAUCUCUGUGCGGGUAGAUGGAGUUCCUGAGGUGGUGGAGAAUGCAGAAGACAUUAUAUUGACGGAGGCGACUGCCCAGCAACAGAUGGCCAGCGAAUCGAUGGAACCUACCAAAAAAAGAAAAGGGCGUAAACCGAAACCACCUCUUCCAUCUUCACCCGUGGCGAAUCCAGACUUCCCUGUGAAGAGGAAAAACAAUGGCAAAGGAAACACAAUCUACCUCUGGGAGUUCCUUUUGGCUUUGCUCCAAGACAAGAAUACGUGUCCGCGCUAUAUCAAAUGGACUCAGAGGGAGAAAGGCAUCUUCAAGUUGGUUGACUCCAAGGCUGUGUCCAGGCUCUGGGGCAAACACAAAAACAAGCCGGACAUGAACUAUGAGACCAUGGGCAGAGCUCUCAGAUAUUAUUACCAAAGAGGAAUCCUUGCCAAGGUGGAGGGGCAGCGCCUGGUGUAUCAAUUCAAGGAGAUGCCCACGAAUCUAAUCCACGUUGAUGAUGAUGGUGAUGACCCCAGUAACAUUUCUGAAACCCGGGAAAAUUCUUCAAAACUUACAACAUACAAGCUUCUGGCGACUUCGGAAUCUCCUUCGUCGGUAACAAUCCUGCCAUCAUCAAUGGUCAUGAGUUGCAUCCAAACCCAGAAGCCCAGGGUUUCCUCGCAUGUGAUGAUGUCGAGUGGGAUGGAAGCUUUGCCCCAUCCCUCCACUGCAGUCAAUUCAAUGAAAGCAACUUAUGUUGGAGAGACGGAGCAAGGGUCAGUGCACCUACUGUCACCAGAAAUGUUGAGAGAUGUUGAGCCCCUUCACCACGCGCAGCAACCCAAUGUUCUCAACACUGUGCAGGUUGUGCGGUCGGCUCCGCCUCGCCACAAAGAGAAGGUCAACGAUGGAGGCAUCCCUUUGUCGGCACCAGUGACUCCAUCGACACAGUCAGUGAGAACAUUGAAGAGCCCAUCACAGGUUCCAGUGGUCGUAUCACCAGGAGCUCAACGAAUUGGUACUGUUACGUUGCAAACUGUUCCUCUCACGACUGUGAUCACGAGCACUGAUUUAGCCAUGUCCUCUCCCAAGUUCAUUUUCCAAACAGUUCCAUCUUCCCAUCAAGGGACUGUACUGAAAAAAAACGUCACCUUGCGAGAGAAGUCGCUCAUUGCAAAAAUAGUUACACCCUCCUCUCUCGCUGGCCACGGUACCAGUUUUCGGCCGGUUCUUCCAGCCAGCCCACAGCUGCCAGAUAAUACAACACACGCCGUGUCUUUGUCCAGCGUGAUGGGUGCCGCCACUCCUGUGGUGACCUUCGCCGCCAGCAGUCAGCAGGUUAUGAAUCAACCGCAAGGCACAGUCUUCACAUCUGUGAUCAAAGCGCCAGAAACCAAGCAAGCUGCCACACAGACUGUGAUCAAGCAGGAAGAUCAGAUAGAGGCCAUGGGAACCAACCUGCAGAGUGUUCAUAGAAUCCGGCAGUCCCACGUUAUUGUGCUCACAAACACGGCAGUGCUUCCUAAUCAUAUGCCGUUUGGAGCAGGGGAGCACCGGGAAGUGGACACACAGUGACGCUGCGAGAUUCCUUUUCCACGCUUCCGCAUCUCCAUUCCCAAAUAUUGUUUCAAACUAGACCUACAACAAGUAAUGUUCAACUCAACCUGUGCAUAGUUUUAAUGUUAAGGAUAGAAGGUUACAGGGAAAAGGUGCGACUGAACUGGAGGCAACGGGCAGAUGUUAGAAAUAUAAUAAUGGGGCAUUGGCUCCGAGAGAUGUCUUUUUGUUUCUGGAUGACUUUGUUAUAAGGAGAAUUUUGAACUUUUUUUUUCAAAAGUGAGUUGCAUUUCUUAUAAUGGCAGCACACUCCCCUACAGAAACUGUAUUAUAGAUCUUGUGGCCUUUUGUGGAUUGGCACAGUAUGGCCUUGCAGUGGGAGUGCUGUUACACUGGCAUUGUGAUUGUUUGUGCUGGAUAUUGAACAUGCUGUACAUGAGAGCUCUUGGUUAAAGUGAUCAGUGAAAUAUAAACGGCAGCUCUUUUGAUACAUAGAUCCGCAUGGGGGGUUAAGCUUCAUUUUACUUAAUCAUAAAGAAACCAAAAUCUUUCUUCUCCUGUUGUAUUUUAGAAAAAGAAAGCAGAAUAUUUUGCUGGCUUGUUUCACCAUGACCUUCGCUCUUCUCUUCCUAUUAUAAAUUGUACAAACUUUAUUAGGAAUCAAAUGGGUGAACAAAGUUAACAGUAUUUGUUUGUUUGGAUGGGCUUUUGUCAGUGGGAUUCUUUAUAAAGGAAUUAUUUAAGGGGGGGGGGGGUUAUUUGUAGCAGGAACCUUCAGCUUCACAAUGUAUAUAUUAAAUGAUAAUGUUUCCUUGGUUUUGUAAAUAAUGUAUUUCAUGUUCUAUUUUUGAGGUUGAAAGAAUAUUUGAACUCUGAUUGCCAGCCCUUUUUUUUUUUUUAAAAGGUACAUUUUGUAUAGUUUUGAGAGAUGAUGUUAAAACCAUAAUGUUUCCAUGGGCAUUUUUAGAAUGAACAUGUGUCAAGGCAAAAAAUAAAUAAUUUUAGUUGCUA